UUUCUUUGAAAUACAGAUGAUCGAACUAACUUAUCAGGCUUGUAAGAUUUGGGUCUUUUUAUAGCGCUAUUCAGUGGAUUGUCUUGUGCCUAGUGCAACUACAGAUUUUUUUUUCACUGUUUUGGCUCUGUACAACUAUACACUGUAGACUCUAAGGGGUCUGCUCUAUUUAAAAACCACUGUAAGCCACAAGAUAAAAAUAAAAAUACAAAAUCUAGGCGACCACAAGAGGGCAGUGUUGACCUUUAAAAAAAUAUAUAUUUUUAAAACUUACUGGCUUAAGACGAGAAACUAAUAAUAAUAAUAAUAAUAACAACCUGCCACAAGGCUCCAUAUAAUGUUAACCUUCGGACAUACCAGUGGCAGAUCAUUAAUGUACAUACAGAAUAAGAAUAAGGGGAUAGUAUGGAGCCUUGUGGCAGGUCGGUCGACAGAGGGAGAGGAGCUCUUACCAAUACGAACAGUUUGUAAGCAUUGAUAGAGAUAUGAUUUUAACCAUUUUAACACCUUAUCUGAGAGAUUAAAAGAAGAUAGUUUAGCCAAUAGGAGACGAGAGUUUACUGUGUCAAAUGUUUUUCUAAGAUCAAGGAAAACUGCUCCUACAAUGCUAUUGCUGUCAAGUGAUAACUUGAUUUUAUCAAUAAAGUUGCAAUGAUUGCUUCCGUAUUUGCUUCUGUGGCCCAAUUAAAACAAGACUAGGUUCUGUUGAUGGGGUUUUACAUACCGCAACAUUUACAGAUUUGAAGCUCUGGGCAAUGGCUGUAACCGAGUCAACAAAAUAAUGAUUAAAUGUCAUAGCUGGGUUCCUAACGCGCAUUUCAUCCAUCAUUAGUUCAACAGGUUUUCUUGUUUUAUGCUCUUGGCCCAUUCAUUUUUUUAGCUGGUCCCAUACUAACUUUGUAUUACCCCUUGCCUCACUAAUUAUGGCCAGAAAAAAGUUAGCCCUAGACUUUCUCAACAUGGAUGUUACGGCAUUCCUUCGCAUAGCAAAAUGAUGUUUAUCAUGUGGCCGGUUUGUUUUAAUAGCCCUUUUCAGUGCAAGGUCACGCUCUUUCAUUUUCUUCAGGACAUCUGCAUUAAUCCAAGGGAGACUACUUCUUCUUUUCCUUUGUGUAUGCCUACAAGUACAUUUUUUAAUAAUACACUGUAAUUUACUUGAAAGUGUCAUGCUUCCCUCAUGGACAUCUUUUCCAGUUAACAGAGAAUCCCAAUUGAUUUACCGUGAAGUUGGUCAAAUUUCGAUACGAGGCUUCGUAUAUUGAGGUGCCCACCAAAUAAUCCAUUUGAUUUUAAUUUGUGAUCCCAUAUUAUUUUUGAGUGGUUAACAGUCUGAAAAACAUUCCACAUCCUUUUUUUACGACAGUUGGAUUUGUAGACCACUUCCUGUGUUGACAAGUUUGACUUCCAGAUAUUGUUUCACUAUUGAUUUGAUUAGCAUUACGUUCCUUUGGGGUGAGGGUUGGUGAACCUUCACCUGCAAUCCUUGACAAAAAUGGCAGUCUCGGAUGAUCGGAUGCCUCCCGAACGCCCAACAUGCCACCAUCCCGAAUCGGCACCGAUGACGCUCCUGGCAAAGGUGGUGCACGCGGGUCUGCACAGGCUGAGACCCCUUGCCCCGGUCCCAAUCCCCAUCCAUAUGCAUUGCAUAUGUGCAGUCCUUUCAGUUUCAUGGUUCAAUCCGAUCGUGUGUUUACAUGCAUGCUCAAUCGUAUUAGAAGAGGAAUAAACCACCCCCUUCAAUCUGAUCGAAAAUUAAUUCGGAUCGAGCUCAGUCGCAUUGUGACUCCGAUUGAGAACAUUCAUACAUACAGGCUCACACAAAUUAGCAUUUUUUUUUAAGAUCUACAUGCGCUUUACCUCAGUACACUGGAGUUCAGUGUUCAUUAAGCAUAAAUACCAUUAAGGAAAAAAGUGCAUUAAACAGAAAGUGGAUUUGAGCUGUGGUCAGCCACAGAAAGUGAGACAUUGUUUUGUAUUGUUCUUUCAGAUUGCUUCAAUAAACCUGUUUUUUGAAGCAUACUUCAGAUGCAAAGAGUUUUGAAACAGAACCCUUUUCACUUAUUCUUUACUAUUUCUAUUCCCCUGUGUAUUCGUGCAGUGACACACCCUAACCCCAAUACCGAUAGUUGUUUUUAUAGGCAGGCAUAUUUAGUGUGGAAAUGUCUGCAAAAUUAAUCUCUCAUGAUGUUCAGCUUUUUAUACUGAGAAAGGUUUCAAAUGUUUUCUGGCCUGUGAAAUUGACAGAUGCACUGGAGGAAAUUCCCACGGUACAGACGGGCUGACACGGUUCUUAUUUUAACCCUAACCUUUUGACCUCUUGUUCCUGACCUGGCUGGUUCUUCCGCUAUGAUUUUGAAUUAAUGUAAGGUAUACAUAAAUAUUAUUAUUAUAUUAUUAUUUCUAUACUUCAUUAAAACACAGAAAGUCAGCAAACAUCUUGGAAAAUACCAGUUUAUUUGAGAUCCUUACAUCCAUAUCAUUUAAUAUGAGCAAUGCCUUGUUUAUGCUUGACAUAAGUACUUUUGGAAAGAGCCCUUGUGCAUGUAAACGGAAAACAAAUGCUACAGUAUCACUCAAAGCAUUGACAGAAGACAGAGGGCAUGUGUUUUUUUUUAGACCUUGGGACAUGAGAAUUCCCGAAGACAUCUGUAGACCAGUGUUUACUCAUAUGCUUGAAUAGCUAUAAACAAACGCCAGAGGAACACCAGAGCUUGAGAUAGAGCAGUAUAAAUGUGAGACCCUUGAUGUACAGUCACUCUGGGGAGAGAUCACUGUUGUGGAUUGCUGGAUUCAGAGCAAAACCACAUGGCCACAAUUUGCCACUGGAUGUUUUCCCGUCCUCAUUACAGGUAGUUUCUGAUGCAAGGUCCUAUUUUAUUUGUUUUCAACGCAUUUUGCUCAAACUCUGUGUUGAAUCGGGAAUUGUUCUUCUGGAAUGAGUGAAGUAAUGAAGCACUUCGAGAGACUUCCUGGCCCGCUGCUCUUCUUGAUGACUCUGGUUUCUCUCAGUCUGGGUGAAAGAUUCACCUUGUUGAUCUCUAUGCCCAACACCUCCAUUCCUUUCAGUACUGGUCGGAUUGGGGCCGGAGCUCUUAUCGCAGUCAGUUCUGUAAACCGCAGUCCGGACCUUCUGCGAGGUCAUCAACUGGAUUACCAUUAUGUGGAUGAUGAAUGCAAUGAUCUACGCGGCCCGGGGAAAAUUGCGGCACUUUACCAUAAACACAAAUACAGUGCUUUCAUCGGCCCAUCUUGCUCGAAUGUCUGCGCUGUGACUGCUAAACUAGCAGCGUAUUGGAACAUUGCUGUCAUCAGUCCUAUAUGUGCAGAUCAACAAUUUCUAGAUAAGAAGGCCUAUCCGACCUUAACAAGAGUUUUUGGACCUUUCACUAAACUAGGGUCUUUCUUUGUGGAAAUCUGCAAGUGGUUUGGCUGGCAGCGCAUCAGCAUUAUCUAUGAAAAUAAACCAUCCUGGGCUAUUCCUGUUGAGGGGAUCAGGUAUCAAGCAGAGCACAAUAACAUUACAGUGGCCAAGUAUCAAGAGAUCCCUGGCCCUCUCUCCCAAGGGUCCUUGUCGACCUGGUCCUGGGUCUUAACUGAGGUGGCACAAGUCUCGCGCAUCAUUGUGAUCUCAGCAGAUGGCAAGGUGGUCCGCAGUUUGCUAAUUGAAGCUCACAAGAAAGGCCUCACCAACGGAGAUUUUGUUUUCUUUUGUUUCGAGCCAUAUAAGCAAAAGGUGUUAUUUGGCAGUUUUGAAUGGAAACAAGGUGAUGAAUAUGACUCGGUGGCCAGGCAAGCUUAUCAGGCUCUGUUUUUCCUGUCUUUGUAUAAACCCAAUCAUAAACUGUAUCAGGCCUUCUCAGAGAAUGUCAUCAGAAGAUCCAAAAUAGACUUUGGCUAUACAUAUGCUUCUGACGAAAAGGUGUCAGUCCUAGCAGCCAUAGCUCAUGAUAGUGUCUGGCUGUAUGCCCAGGCAUUAAACGAAACUUUGGCCGAAAAUGGAAACCCAUAUGAUGGUUUAGCCAUCACUAGACGAAUGUGGAACAGGACCAUUACAGGUAUCCAAGGAGAUGUAACUAUUGAUGCAAGUGGAGAUCGAGAGUUAAAUUACAUGAUGAAACAAAUCCAAGGUAGUAAUAACCAGUUUCAGGUCAUUGCGAACUAUUUUGGGACUUAUAAGGCCGUACAGGGGCUUCACAUCAAGUGGCCUGGAGGACGGACAACUCCUCCCAAAGACUCUCCAGAUUGUGGCUUUCAUGGAAAACUCUGCAUCAAUCUAGAGAGAAAAUUCUUGAUUGCUUUAGGGAUUAUCGUUGGCUUGGUGGGUGCUGGGACCCUUGCAAUCUGUGCUUUAUACAGGAAGUUCAAAAUCCAGGAAGAAGCUUCCAAGAUGCUGUGGACAGUCAACGCCGAUGAUGUCAUAAUGAUGGAGCAUCACUCCUCAACUGUGACAGCAAAGUCUCACAGAUCCAAACCCAUCCAGGCUUCUUUGGAGUCUAUAAUUUGCAGCAUGCAAGGCGAGCCAUCAGCACACAGAACCGCAGUCUACAAAGGAACAAUUUGUUCUGUUUGCUUUCUGAAUUUAAAGAACCCUCAUCUGAGCAGCGAGCUCCUGGCGGAACUCAAACAGUGCAGAGAUUUGACCCACUAUAACCUUUGUAAAUUUAUUGGAGCGGCCCUGGAUACCCCUCAGCCCUUCAUUCUUACAGAGUACUGCCCUAAAGGAAGCCUACAGGACAUAUUGAAGAAUGAGUCUAUCAAGCUGGACUGGAGUUUCAAAUUUUCCCUCAUGCUAGACAUCGUAAAGGGCAUGGACUAUUUGCACCAUAGCCCCCUGCACUUCCACGGUCACCUCUCAUCAGCAAGCUGUGUGGUGGACAGCCGCUUUGUCUUGAAGGUCACUGAUUUUGGACUUAAUAUGCUCAGGAUUUCAGACUCAGAGAAGAGUCCCGUAUUUGAACCCUGGACCGCUCUGCUGUGGAAGGCACCAGAGCUACUGAGGCAGUCCAUUCCAGCUCAUGGUACACAAAAAGGGGACAUCUACAGUUUUGCCAUUAUCGCUCAUGAGGUAGUAUAUCGUAGAGGGCCUUUCUACAUCCCCAACUGUCACUUCAGUGCUAGAGAGAUUGUGGAGAGGGUCAGGGCAGGGGGCUGUAGCCCACUGAGGCCUCACAUAGAUCCAGCAGAGGGUGUAGAGGAACUGGAGGGAAUCAUGGUCAGCUGCUGGAGAGAAAAACCUGCAGAGAGACCAGACUUUUCUUCUCUUAGGACUGCCAUCAAGAAACUGUGUCCUAAUGGGGGGUCUGAGAACAUUCUGGAUAACCUGCUGUCCCGUAUGGAGCAGUAUGCGUGUAAUCUGGAGGAGAUAGUCAGUCAACGUACCGCUGAACUCCAGGAAGAGAAGAAGCGAGCAGAGGGACUGCUCACGCAGAUGUUGCCACGAUGCGUGGCUGCUCAGCUCAUAGCGGGGAAGACAGUGAGAGCAGAGACCUUCGACUGCGUCACCAUCUAUUUCAGUGACAUUGAAGGCUUCACAGCCAUGUCAGCAUCCCUCACGCCAAUGCAGGUAGUGAACGUGCUGAAUGACCUGUACACAUACUUUGACAAUAUCAUUGACCACCACAAUGUUUAUAAGGUAGAAACCAUUGGCGAUGCCUACAUGGUAGUGUCGGGCCUGCCUACAAGAAAUGGAGACGACCAUGUGAAAGAAAUAGCAAGAAUGUCAUUAGCUAUAGUGCAGGGCAUGAGGAGCUUCUACAGUCCACAUAUACAAGAGCAGCAGCUGCGGGUUCGCAUUGGAGUUCAUUCAGGCCCUUGUGUCGCGGGGGUUGUGGGUCUGAAAAUGCCACGCUACUGUUUAUUUGGAGACACUGUGAACACUGCCUCCAGGAUGGAGACAUACGGAUUACCUCUGAGAAUCCAUGUGAGCAGUUCCACCAAGUCUCUCCUUGACACUUUCAGGACGUUCCACUGUGAACUGCGAGGUGACAUCCACAUAAAGGUGCAGGGUUUCUGCCACUUUGACAUUCACCUCAGAAAGCAUCAUAUCGUUUUCAUCUCUCCCGCCUUAUCACAUCACAACAAUCCGAUUCGCUCAACUGAUUUUUUUUUUUCACACAUAUUUAUUGUAGGAAUGGUGCUUUGAAAUUAUUAGCACUAACAGUGACACACCUAUUGUGUUACAAAAACCAUAGUGUAGUACUAUGACAUCUUAAGUACAAUCACGGCUGUAAACAUUGAUAUCUGAAAAGUUGUGUAUACAUGGCAACAUAAUUUCAGAAAGAGUGGAAAUAUUUCUUCAGUAACGAGUUACAGCUGGUAAGGACCUAUAAAUAGAGCUCAAUAGCCUACUAAACAAGUUUUCAUUGCUUCGGUAACUGCUCUCACCUC